GCUGCUACUGCCGUCGUUGUCGUCGUUCUGCCGCGGUAGGCUCCGGGCAGGCGCGCCUCGGGCAGAGGGGACGGGAAGGGACGGGGCAGAGGCCGCGGCUUCGGGGCAGCGAGGGAAGGGCCCUGGAAGCUCCGCGUGGAAACUAAAAUGUCUUCAUGGGUCAAAGUAAACACAAACCAAGCACAAACGCCUGAUCCGGAAAAGAGGCAUAGACCCGGGUGGAUUCCAAGACUUCUGGACAUAAAUCCUUACAAAUCCUUUCAGAAGAGCUCUUACUCCCCUCCGGAUGGUUAUUCAAAGGACUAUGAAGAUGCAAACAGCUUUGAAGAACUCUUUGGCCAACAGUAUCAUCCAUCAACAGGAAAUGAAGAGAACUAUGAGAGAUACCAAUAUUCUCAAAAAGAUGAUGACUACACCAAGGAUGUUCAUCGGGACAAGCUGUACCUGCAAUUUUACCAGCAGAUAGAGAAAGAAUAUGACAAAGACAGACCUUCAGAUUGUGUCAUUGUUUCCAUCAGCAAGGAUCAAGCGGAAUAUUCAACAGCCAUAGGCCAUCGGUUGCAGGAUCAUGGCCUUGUGGUGGAAAUGAUAUACCUUACCUCUGAAUCAGGUCUUACACGUGCCCUCCAAGAAGUUAAAAAUGAUGGUUCCCCAUUUUGUGUUCUUGUUGAACCAUCUAAUGUAGCACUUUCCUCUUGCACCGUAAUCAUGCUUCAUCAGACUAUCAAAAUACACCGUAAUAUGCCCAUGGAGGAUGCAUUGGCUCUGAUAGCUAAGGAGUUUGAGAAAAUUAUUGCUGAGCGUGAACAACAGGAACGCACAGAGAUUUCACACAAAGCAGCUGAUCUGGCGGAUGACUACCUAGAACGGGAGCUCUAUGAGAGUUACCAUGUGCCUCUAGGCAUUAGACACCUCCUCUUUCUGUUAAGUGAGGGAAAACAUUUGUAUGUGGAAGAAUUGAACUCAGUAAGUGACUACCUGAAGACCAGGAGAAAUAAGCUUGAAGGCUUUGUUGCAGAAACGAAUGCUUUAGCUACCGCAGUUGAAGACAAUGUGUACCCAGCAAGCGUCAGACCAAGUACAAGUGCUCUGCCCCAGACCCUAAGCAAACCGCCACCUCUGCUCCCCACCCCUGGCCGAAACCCUGUACUAGGCCAGUCUCUGCCUUCGACUAAGCCAGCCUUGUUGGGUGAAAGACCACUGGGGCGCCUCCUUCCAACACCAGCAUUGGCUGGUCCAAAGGGCAAACCUCCACCUCUCCUAAUAAAGUCAACUAAGAGACCCAUCCUCCUGUCGCCUUCUCCACACCUGCCUGCAAAGCGACCUUUGCUUAGUGGCAGGCCUGGCCUGCUGCCAACACCAGCUGCCCAGGCAAGAUCAGCACAACACCAUUGGGUACCCAAGCCAAAGUUCCUGGCUUGACUGGACACCUGGAUUAAUAUUGGACUAAACUGUAAUCCCUGAUGGCAACAGCCCUUUUCCAAGUCAGCGGUGCUUGACACAUGUAUGUUGUUAGUACACAGGACAAAAGGCUUAUUACUUUCUGUUGUACACAUUCCUGAGAACAUUCUUUUUCACUUGAGUGAAAGAAUGAGAAUAGGUAUUUGUGGAAAGGUCCAUAUAGUAGGUUCCCAAUAUUAAUAUGUUUAAAACCAAAAGAGUUCCAAAAUAAUUAUUUCCAGUUUAUUUGAUUUCUUUGUGGCUGAAGCGCCACUUAGUUAGCCAGUUUGUAUUUUUCCAGUACGAAAUGUCUUCCUUAGCAGGAGGACAUGGACUCUUUCUUACUGGGCAUAUCUUGCUAGCCUCUUGGCUAACGGCUCUGAUCUACACCAAACUGAAGUACCCUUGUACUUCACUCAGAAAAUCAAUAUGGAUUGUGUUUUGUGGCUUCCGUUGUGACAUUUAUAAAAUGCAGAAAGGUGAUGGAAUGGUUGCUUUACAAACAUAUGUCAGCUACGCACUUCUUCAGCCAUGUCUUGAAUACAGCCACAAUUUAAUUUGUAGCACAGGCAUGAACAUUGUCCUCCAGUGCUUGAGGAAGAAACAUAAUCUAAUUGCCCUUGCUUUUCCUGAUCCCUACCACCAUUGAUAACAUGUUGGGCCAAAUGAUUAUCAUUUAAAUAGCAUAUUCUGCAUUUUUAUUUCAAAGCAGAGGUUAUUUGAUGAAGCCCCCAAGUCCUAAGGGCACAAUCCUGUGCAUGCCAAAAUAGGGGAAAAAGUCCCGCACCUCCAAGCAUUCUCCAUCCAGUGUGUUGGCUGUUGAAGAUUUUUUUCUGAAGUUUUAUAGGAUUGUGCCCUAAACUCAUUAAAGCAGGUUGAUGUAAGCAAUUCAAGUUUUACUUUGAACCUUUGCAUUUGGCAAGAAUAAACACUCCCAGGGUCUCUCUUGGUGUAGGAAAACCCCCACACAUGCGAUAGGCAACAUGACUGAAGUUGUGAGUUGGACGAGGCAGCGUAAUCAGAUGGGAGAAAAUCCCUCUCUCCAAAUAUCACAAGCAGAACUGCAACAAAAUGUGACGUUGUGGAAGCUUUUGUUUUGUCAGCAUACUCAAGUCCUUUAUUGGCUGCCUUUUUUUUAGAAGGAGGGUGCAUCUGGAGGUCUCCGCACUGUGCCAAGAUUCUUGCCAAAUCACAGAAUUUCAUCACCAGGUGUUUCUGUGCCCAUAGUAAAGAAACCCUGAUUUGGCGUGUCAUUGGUUGGAGCUGUGUGUGAACGCAAUCUGGGUAGUGCAAGGAAUGUUGAUACAUUCAGGGUAUACUGGCCCAUAUACCUGGGACUGGCAGCUUGAUGUGUUUCCCAUUUUCAGGGCUACAUCCCUAAACAUUGGCUAUGCUGGGAGUUGUAAUGCAAGCCAUCUGUAGGACACCAGGUUGCUUGCUGUGUGCCAGUUGCAGGCUUUCAGCCUCCAAAUCAGCCCCUUUUGCUAAGAGACUCCUGAAAAUGAACAUACGGUGGCAGUUAAAAAAUAUUUGCAGCAGCCUGUUAAGCAAACGAAAUUGGAAAACAUCCAAGUGUUAACAAAGGUUCUUCAUCCAUUAGCUUUUAGUGAGAAGUAGAUGGUGACCACCAGGGUAGAAAUCCUAGAAAAUAUUUUAAUUGUAUUAGGAAAAAGCACUCCCAGGUGUGCUUUAUGCAUCAUCUUUCAUCAGUUUAGAACCACCCAGGCAAUUUUAUCACCAUGUUGCCCUUAUACAAGGCAGUUUAUAAUAAAACAAGGCUGUUACAUUGAAAAAAAACGUUGAACUCGAAAGGUUGCUUUUCUAGCAUACAUUAUCCAAAGCAUAAUCCUGAGGUUUAAAUUGGCUAAUUAAAGGCCCCUUCCUAUAUUGAGACACCUUAAACUUUCUAGCCAAAGGCCACAGCAACUUCACUCUAAAACAAUCUUACUAACUUCUGUAGAAAUGUUACAAGCACAGCAUAGUACCAAUGUGUGUUCAGUACAUUUGUGAAAAUAUAACUGUCUCUAGAAUAGUCCUUUUAUAUGUAACAGCUGAAUUCUAACACAAUUGUUUAAUAAAUGUACUUAAUAAAACAUGUAAAAACUUC